AGUCCGUUCCAAUCUCAUGUUAAAUUAAUGACAAAAAAAUUGCGUUGCACAAGUAGUUUUGUCCCUCAUAAAAUUGUCAAAAUAUAUCGUUCUUACCACCAAGAUGGUAAAAAUUAUGAAGAAUGGAAAAGUUGUACUGGUCCUCAGUGGCCGGUACGCAGGACGUAAAGCAAUUGUGGUGAAAAACUACGAUGAGGGCACAUCGGAGAAACAAUACGGCCAUGCCUUGGUUGCAGGUAUCGACAGGUAUCCACGCAAAGUUCACAAGCGCAUGGGAAAAGCUAAAAUUCACAAGAAAUCUAAAAUAAAGCCUUUUAUCAAGGUACUCAACUAUAAUCAUGUUAUGCCUACCAGGUAUACAGUUGAUUUGCAGUUGGAGAAAAUUGCACCCAAAGAUCUUAAAGAUCCAAUGAAGAGGAAAAAGAUCCGCUUCCAGACUCGUGUCAAAUUCGAAGAAAGGUACAAAUCUGGUAAAAACAAGUGGUUCUUCCAGAAGCUCAGAUUUUAAUUUUUCAUAAUUCAAUAAACAAAAUUUGACAAACCAACUCUGAAAGUAAUAAAUUGU